AUGAAAUCUACAAUUCUCCCUGAAUCUAUUCAUAAACAAUAUUUUGCCAAUCAUAUUAACUCCCUCAAGUCUAUUAAGGCAAGGAAAAAUAAAGUUGAAGAAAAUUCUUUAGGUGUAAUUCGUUAACGUAAAAAUUUUUAUAUCCUUAAGUUUCUAUGAUUAAAAAGAUAAAAACUCAAGUUUAAGCUUUCGAAUCGCAAGAAGAACAAAAAAGCAUUGCAUAUAGUAACCAAAAGAUACACUAAGCUAUUAUGAGAAUUAGUAAUCAAAAGCCUUCAUUUCCUAAAUUGCCACUAUUAAAUAAAGAAAAAACAGAAGUUUUUGAUUAAAUUGAGAGAGAGAAUAAAAGACUCAAAAAAAGCAUCGAAAACCUUUAGAAUAGUCUUACUUAUAGAACUAAUCAUUAGAAAAUUAAAAAAUCCUAUCAACAAAUACUGAACUAGUAUUGUUAAUCAAGAUUGUAGUAAUAAAAUGAAUAAUUAUAAUAAUGAUUCCUAAAUUGUUAAUUCUUCUAUUGGACCAUUAGCAGUGCGAAAAAGUACUCUCAAUUUCACUUUCACAAGAGAAUAUGAUUUACCAUCUGAAUCAUUUGAAAAAGCAGUAGAGAUUUUAUCAAAAAAUUUAUAAUUGAGUGAAUAAGCAGCAAGAUUCUAUAUGUAAGAUAUUCUCAGGGAAUUCAGGUAAAUUAAUAAAAUUAUAAUUUCAGUUAUUUUAAGGCAUUAGAAUCUUAAGGGGAAUAUUUUGAUUACAUUGAAUAAACUAUUUCUAGCAUGGAAUACAAAUAAGUUAAGAAAGGAAAUAUAGUUUUUCAUUGUGGAGAAAGAGGAGAUUAUUUUUAUCUCAUUCUAAGAGGAACUGGAAUAGUAUAUGCCCCAAAGAAGUAAUUUAGAUUCUUUGAUAUUUUAGAGAGAAUGAGCUUUCUCAAUAAAAAACAAUUUUAUUAAAAAUAGAAAAAUGCAAGGAAGAUCUAGCGUAUACAAAAAAGAGAGAUGAAAUAAAAUAAUUAUAAAAACAAUUAUAAGAUCUAUAAACUUAAUUGUAAGAAUAUUAAAAUCCAGAAGACAUUUUACUGUUCCCUUUUAAAAAUAGAUAUUAUUAGAAACUAUAAAAUGGACAUAUGAUAUGUCUCUAUAAGAAAGUAAAUGUAAUGAGAGAAGGAGAAUGUUUUGGAGAAGUAUCUCUAUUUAGAAAUGAACCUAGAGCAGCAACUUUGAUAGCUUCAGAAAAUUUACAUCUUGGGGCUCUUAAUAAAUCUAAUUAUUUGAGAAUAUUUGAGAGUAAAUUAGAAAAAUUAAAUUUUACUCUUGGUAUGUUGAGUAAAUUGUUUCCCUAAUCAUCAAAAGAAAAUGUAAUUUAAUUAAGUUUUGAUUUUCAAAAAAAAAUAUUCUCAAUUAAUUAAACUAUUUUUAAAUAAGGUGAUAUUGUAGAUGGUUUAUAUCUUAUUUUUUCAGGGAUUGUUGAAAUUAUUUGUGAUAAUGUUCGUGUUAAUUAAUUUUCUGAAGGAUAAUUUGUAGGAUUAUUCGAUCUUUAAAAUCCAAAUUUAAGAACAUAUACUGCAAUUUCUGGUUCAUAUGAAACAAUCAUAUUUUUUUUACCAAGAAAGAAUUGCAAUGGUUUAGAUAAAUUUAUGAGAGAAAGAAUGAAUGAUUUAAGAAUUAGUAGUGAAACUUAUAGAUAGGAAUGGGUUAAGAAAUGUCAUUAUAUGAUUGCCUAAUAAAAAAAAGAAUCAAAUAGAGUUGUAUUAAAAGGUGUAAACCCUAAAGAUAUUCUUUAACAAUGUAUACUUCUUAAUAGAACAAAAACUAAUUAUAGCACAAUCUCAAAUGAUAGGAUCAAUGAAAUAGUUGAGUAUAAUAAUGUAUAAUGUUCACUAAAAGAGAAAUUGCAUAAUGUUAAAUUAUGCUUAUAAAUGAGAGAUUUUGAUAAGGAAAAGGAGUUGGUUAAAAAAAUGAUGAGAUAAUAAAAUUCAUUGCUUCCUCGUUUAAGAGAUAGACCCAGAAAUUUUCUAGAGACUUAUACAGUAUUAAUGUCAUAAGUUUCAAAAGCAUCUCCUUAGACAAUUUAUGAAUCAUAAAAUAAUAGUGAACAUUUACCAAGAAACAUUCAUGUUGAAAGACUUAAAUAUUAACUAUAGAAGAAAAAGAGUGAAUUUAUUGUUAAUAAAAUCAUAGGAAUAUGA